AUGAGCGGCCCCGCAUCUCUUCGCGAUUUAUAUAACGACGCCCCUACCGCCUGGUCCUUCGUACCAUCUUCAAAUAACAACUCGACACCUUCGCCACCCUCACCGCCAUCCUCUAGCAAUGGGGUGGCAUACACAUUUACCUCUAGGCCACCGCCAAAUUCCAUCUUUGAACUUUCUCCGGGACUCACAGAACCUGGAGGGGCGGAUAUGCGUCUACUGCUCAAAACACUUGUAGCGAGUGCAUUCCUGCAAUACACUACCACUGCAAUCGCUAUGCCAUGGGAAGUUGGGAAGUUACUUCUUCAAGUGCAAUGGGUGCCACGUGAUGCAGCAGAGUCGGACGACGAGGAGCCUGUAGUUGAGGAGGUUGUGGAGGAAGUGUUGAGUGAUGAUUCUGCUGAAGAUUCUUAUUUCGCCGAUCCAACAAACGCGAACGCGUCUUCCACUGCUCGGUAUCCUGUGCAAAGGCCGGCAGACGAACGCGGGUACGUCAUCCGAAAGAACGUGCUCGAGGAAGCUACACAGCUAGACUAUCUCAUUCCUAUUGGGAGUGCGGACGGUGUGUGGGGUAUGAUCAAGAAAGUGGGACGCUUCCGGAGUGAAGGUUGGCUUUCACUAUGGAAGGGUCUUCUGACUUCAUGCCUCACUGAGGUCGCUUCUUCGACUCUCCAGCCCCUAAUCCUCGCAUUCCUUCAAGCCCUUUUCACUCCAUCAACACUAUCUCCCUAUCACCAACCAAGCUCAUCAGCCUCCCUUCUCCUGCCUGUCGCCUCUCAACUCAUUUCCGGUUUCGUUCUCUCGCCUCUGGACCUUGUCCGCACCCGCCUCAUCGUACAAUCCUCUCGCCACCGCCGUUACUCCGGCCCAAUUGAUGCCCUACAUCAAAUCAUUCGCGACGAAGGCGGAUUCCGCGGGAUUUACUUCCACCCACACCUUCUCCUUCCAACCAUCAUCGACAGCACCCUCCGCCCCAUCAUCUCCCUGACAUUUACGCCAUUUUUGGCAGGGUGGAUGUUCCCUGGUCAGUUGAUCGCACCAGACACGCACCCUAUCGCUUGGGGAGUCGUCGAGUUUGGCAGCAGUGUCGUGGGGCUAUUAGCUACGCUGCCUUUCGAAACUGUCCGGCGGAGAUUGCAGGCUCAGACAAGAGGACGGGCGUUGCCGCUGAAGACGUGUGUCGAGACGAGGCCGGCACCGUAUAAUGGGGUUGUGGAUACGCUGUGGCAUAUACUUACAGAGGAGCGCUCGGAUUUGCCCAUUGAGAGGCGGAGAACCAGGGCUACGAAGGGUGACAAGAAAGGGAAGGGGAAAGAGAGGGAUGGCGCAGAUCAGAAGAAGGGGCCGGAGGAUGACGAAGUAGAGGGCAGCAGUUGGUGGAGGCACACGGGUUUGGGACAGUUAUAUCGGGGAUUGGGCAUGAGGGUUGGAGCUGGUGCGAUUAUGGUGAUUCUGGCGAUGGUGAGCGGUGGGGACGACAUGGAUGCUGGAUGGGCAGAGUUGUGA